AUGGCGCGGCGGCCACAGCCGCCGCCGUGGGACCACCUGAUGUCCAUGCUUCCUCUGCUCGUCGUCGUCAUCGUCGCCUCGGCGGCGGCGGUCGUGAAAGCCGACGACGAGAAGUGCAGCAACCCGUGCGGGAACCCGUGCGGCGAGCCGUGCGUGUACGCGAGCCCUCCACCACCCGCGCUGCCUCCGCCGGUGUACUACCCGCCGCCGGCGCCCGUGUACUCCCCCCGCCGCCGCCGCCGGAGCGGGUACACGCCGGCGACGCCCUACACGCCCGGCGGGUACAACCCGACGCCGUCUGGGGGCGGCGGCGGGUGGUUCACGCCGCCCUACACGCCCGGGUCCGGGUACAACCCGCCGACGCCGGGGACGCUCUACCCGCAGGACCCCGGGUUCCAGCCCAACGCCGCGCCCGCCCGCGCUGGCGCCGCGCCGUGGCGCGCGGUGCUCUUCCUCGCCGCGGCGUCCGCGGUGGCAUGCGCCUGCUUCGACUUGUGA